AUGCUGAACAAUCCAAUAUUUGAAAAUAAAAAGAGAAUCCCAUGGUCAGAUCGAGUAUGAGUAUUUUCUAUAUAAGGAGGAUUCCCUUUUGUAAUCUUAUGUUGAAAUGUAUGCAAAUAAAGAAUAAGGUUGGAAAUAAAUCUCUGAAUUGCUUCUGCAAUAAGGCUAUGAAAGGAAUCCUAAGGAUUGCAGAGAAAGAUAUUCAAAUUAUCUUGACUUGAAAUUCAAUAAAACCAAAUUAAAAAACCAAGAGAUUGAUGAGCUUUUUGAACUCAUUAUGAAGUAUGGGAAUAAAUGGGUAUUAAUUCAUUAUUAACAGACUUAAAUUGCUGAAAGGCUUAAUAAUAGAACUGAUUAGGAUGUCAAGAAUUAAUUUUAUGCCAUUGUUAAGAAAGUAUUUAGAAGAUUAUUGAAAGCAACUUUACCGAAAGAUCAAAAGAAUAAAUGUUUAAUCAUUAGUAAUAUUAGGUUCAAAAAUAACAGCUUCUUUACGUCCUGCCCUUAUUUCCAAUAUAUUUUCUUAUAAUUAAGACAUUUCUCCUAAAUAUUUCAUAAUAUCCAAAAAAAUUAAAGACCUUUUCAAAAAUUUAAUUCUUGAAAAUAGAUCAAUUAAGCUGGGUGACGAAUUAAAUGAAACUGAAAAAAAAAGAGUAUAUAAAGUAUUAGAUUAUUUGGAGAAAUAGAAGUAAUUUUGUUGUCUAAUUUUAAGUUAAUAAUAUCUAUAAUAAACAAACUAAAGAAAAAUAAGUUAAAGAAAAGUCAUUAAAUAAAAAAAUAAGAAUAGGCUUAAGUCCCACCGCAAUCAGAAUCAUCAAACAAAAAUAAUAUAACGAAUCUUAAGUAAUCAAUAAAUUUUUGAUUAUAAUCUCUAAGCCUUUUUUCCUAAUUAAAAUGCUAUAAAGGAACAGGAGUUUAUAUUGAAACUAGAUGAAGAUAAUGGGCAACCUUAAAAAAUCAUCUCCAGACCCCCAUUUUAUCUAUGUUAUUGCAAUAAAUUGUAUUCAAAUAAUUUAAAUUUUUCAUCAAAUUAUUCUCCAUUAUAUGAACAAUUUUAAGACACAAGUAACUUAAAUAUAUGAUG